UCCUCCCCUUCGACCCGGACUUGUCCUCCGCCCUCACCUCCGCCCACCUCCUUCAGAUAUUCCUGGGAUAUCACUUCGCCCAGCAUGAUGAACUGCGUCCGCAGCCGCGUCGCGGCAUUCUCGACCGCCUGGACCCCGCGGGUCGUCGCCCGGGCCAGCUACUCGACCACUGUCCCUCGUCUCUCUGACAACAGCCUGCACGCCAACGACCCGACCCCGCCCAAGUCCGUGCCGAACGUGUCCGCCACCAAUGCUACUCCCGUGGACUCGAUGGGCGCAUGGGACAAGCCCCUGCAGGAGACGCCCGAGGCCGGCGAGCGCAGCCGCCAGCUCCAGGCUCCCAACCGGGCCACGACCUGGGCAGCCAGCCAGCAACCGAGGGAGAAGGCCAUGACCGGUCCUCGCUUCGAGCAGACGAUAAUGGAGAUGCAGCCCCAACCUAUGGCCGCUAUCGAGCUUAUCCACAAGCAGCCUGUGCGCUGGACGAAGAAGAAGAUCGUCAGCUGUGACGGCGGCGGCGGCCCCCUCGGCCACCCCCGCAUCUUCAUCAACACCGACAAGCCCGAGAUCGCUACCUGCGGCUACUGCGGUCUUCCCUUCGCUCACGAGCAGCACCGCUCGUACCUCGAGUCCCUCCCUGCCACCAGCUACCCCCUCAAGCCUCUCGGUGAUGCCGCCGAGGUGAACGAGACCCAGCGUGUGACUGAUAAUGCUUUCGAGCAGCGGUAAAGAAUCGAUUGUUUCCCUUUGGCGUUGAUGACUUGUUUAUUGUUGUUUCUUUGUGUCCCGUUUGGCCCUCAGGCUGUUGUACAGAUGUACCAGACAAUGAAGUUGUUAGAACCGAC